AUGUUACCAGUAGUGAACCAUCAACCAACAAGAAAGAGAAAAAGACCAAGUUUAGUCUGUACAAACUGUAGAAGAAAAAAAGUGAAAUGUAAUAGAGAAUCACCUUGCUCAAAUUGUGUAAAAUCAAAAUGUCCUAAUAGUUGUAUUUACGAUGAUGGGCUUGACAAUCAACCAUCACAAAGUGGCAACGUAAAAAUUGAUACAGCACCAUACGAAUCUUCAGUUAAAAAUCCAAUAGAUUUCAAUUACCAACAUAAAAAUGCAAAAACCGAUAAUGUUACUAUUUCAUUAAGUGAAUUAAAUAUGUUGAAAGAAAGAUUACAAAAUAUUGAAUCAAGUUUGAAUAAUAAUAAUAAAACAAGUCGAAAUAAUAAUCAAAAUCAUAAUCUUCAAUAUCCGAAAGCUUCAGGUGUUUUACCACCACCGAUAAUGUCACCUUUUAGCUCACCUAAACCACAUACUUCCACUUUCGCAUUGUCGGAUACAAGAGAAAGACCAGCUAAUAUACAAUUACCUCCAAUUAAUUUCAAACAACCAUAUCAAGAUCCAUCUACAAUCUCAAGCACGAUGUCAAAUAAUUAUCAGAUCUCAUCAUAUUCAAGUACGGCACCACCAGCCGUUGAUUAUAAUCAAAGUAUGAUUGGCUUUAAUCCUUAUUUAAAUGAAGAAGAUACAAUAAAUUUUUAUGAAGGAUAUACUUCAAUUCGUGUAAGAGGUCAUUCUCAAAUUAAUCAUGGUCCUUUAGCUUGGGGAUCUUUGAUGCAAAAAGAUUAUGUGUUGAAAGUACUUUGGGAUCAUAUUGGUAAACAAAAACAAGAAAAUGGAUCGCUACAUAAUUUUGCAUUGAAUCAAAAUCAUGAAAUUAACCAAGAAAACACACAAAUAGUUGCUUCUGAAACUAAUGAAUCUGAGAAUAAUUUUAAGAAAAAGGCAUUAGAAACUGAUGGUUAUACGGAUUUAGUUCCUUAUAAUUUAUUAAAAGAAAAAAUAAAGAAGAAGCUAAAUGAAGAAGGAAAAUCAAUAGGAAUAACGUUAUUUGAAGGUCAAAUUAGUAUGGAGUUACAAUUAAUUGACAGAAUUCAUCAAAUUCUACCUAAAAGAAAAGUAAUUUGGAAAUUAAUUGACCGAUUUUUCACAACUUUAUACCCAUUUAUGCCUUUUAUUGAUGAAACUGACUUUAGAGAUUCAGUAAGUAAAAUAAUUGGUCUCCAAUCCUAUGAAGAUGUUAAAAUUAAAGAAAUCAAGGUUGAAAAAAGAUUAGAUUUAGCUAAAGUUGGAUUAUUAUUAGUUGUCCUUAGGUUGGCAUAUAUUUCAUUAUUUCGUAAUAAGCAAUCAGUUAAUGAAGAAAGACUUAAUACAACGGAUCCAUCUGUGGAAGCUCAAGAAUUGAAAUAUUUAAUGACCAAUUCAAUUAGUAUUGAAAUCGUUCAAUGUGCAAAAUGCUGUUUGCAUCAGUUCGACAUACUUAGAAAAACUUCAAUACCAGCUUUAGAAUUAAGUUUAUAUUUAUAUUUAUAUCAUUUAUUUGCACCAGAAGAUGGUGAUGAUGGAGAUGGUUCUGACACACACGUUUUAAAAGCUGCCAUUAUACAAAUGGCUUAUAGCCUUGGAUUAAAUAGAGAUCCAGAUAAUUUUCCUGAAUUAUUAACAAAUAAGAAACGUAAUCAUUUAAGUAGGAAAAUUUGGAAUUUAUUAAUGUUAUCAGAUAUACAUAAUGCUUAUUCUUAUGGUACUCAUACAAUUAUUGAUGAUGAAUCUUAUGAUACAAAACUUCCAUUUCAUGAAGAAGGUAAUGAAAAUUUAAUUGAUAAAAAUUUGGAUAAAUUAAUAACUGAAAAUUUCUUUCAUCCAGCUCAUAUCAAUUUUUAUCAAAGUUUAAAAGGGAUUUUAAAAUUGGUAUUAAAUGUAAAAGGUAAAACCAAAUUAUCACACUUGUGUGCUUUAGUUACAGAUUUUGAAAUUGCAAUGCAAAGUAAAUUCGGAUGCCUACAAAAAUGUAUGCAACCUCCAGAAACUGCCAAAUACGUAUUUGAAAGAUAUUUCCCAGUUAAAUUUUACAUUUCAUUAAAAUCAUUUUCUGUUUCAUUAUAUUUUCAUAUUUUUUUACAUUAUGAAUUCAAUGAUACUCAAUUAUCACUCUUUUAUUUAAAGAAAAUUUUAAAAAUAGCUGCAACUGAUAUAAUGCCACAUUAUUUUGAAAUAUUAGGUAGUUCAGAAAUUGUAUGUGAUAUGAUUAUAAAUCCAAAAUUUAUUCAAAUUAUUCAUAAAUUAGAUCAAAUUUUAAUAGCAUUAAAUUUAAGAGUUAAUUAUACAAUUUAUAAUUUGAAAUUACAAUCUGGUCAUGAAAAAAGAUGUGUUUAUGAUUCAGUUUAUCUUAAAUAUUAUACUGAAUUAUGUAAAUUUUCAUCUUGUUUAACUAGGUGUGCUGAAGUUUCAAUUGCAGCAGUUUCGAAAUUAUCCGCUAGAUAUUAUAAUGCUUGGAAAAUAACUAAAGGACAUACAUUUUUAUUAAAAACUAUAACUUCAGUGGAUUAUUAUAAACAAACAUUUAACGCAGGGGAUCAAAAAAUUAAAUUACCAAAUUAUUCAACUGAACAACUUAAAGAUCUUGUCAAUAUGUGUGAAGGUGCUCUAAAGAAAUUAGGUAAGCUGAAUUUAGUAGGUGAUGAAUUUUGUGAACAAGCUAAAUGUCCAUAUAAUAGUUCAAUUCCAUCAACAACAGAUUCAAAUACAACUUCUGGUACAGAUACUUCCAGUGACGCAAGAUUGAAAACAAAUGAUUUUGGUUUGGAUUUUGUUAAUAAUCAAGAAGUUGAUAAAUUAUGGCUACAAAUGUUAUCAAUGAAAAAUGAUCAACCUCAACAAAUUAAUCCUCCCAAUUAUAAUUUACAACAACCAAGUUCUCAAAAUAAUAAUUUCUCAGUAGGUACACCAUUGAAUUUUGAAGCUCCAUUUACACCAAAUUUUGGAUUAGGUAAUGCUAAUACUAAUUUUGAUGUGGAUGAUAAUUAUGAUUUUUUUGCUGAUUUACCAUUUGAUCAAAUGUUUAAUAGUGUGAAUAUGUAA